AUGUAAAUGUUCCCGAAAAUAAGCAUGCCGUGUCGCGUUCUCUCCACUGUGCGCUUCUUUUGUUCUUGACUAUUUCCUCUGCUUGGGGAUAAAGUCCGCAGUUUCCAUGGAGAUGAGUGCUUGAGAGUAGAAAGGUCCCACAUUGGCCCGGCUCUCCUCUCGAAUGCCCCAAUCUCGACCUCGUGAACCAGGUGGAAUGCAAGAGAGAAACUGAAGCCAGCAACAAAGAGCAUUAAAAGCUAUUGGGAGAAACGAAACUCCAACCAAAAUAUCCGUUUUCUUGCAUAUUUCCCUUUCCAGCUCCUCUGCGACUUAUUAAUGUGGAUUUCUUCACUUUCCUUAUUAAAGUCUUUCAAGCACUAGAACUAAUGCCCCCUGACGGAUUGUCUGGAGUCCAUUCAUGGUUGUAGUAAGCAAAGAUCGCAUCUUUCCGCGUUUUAUCGCUGUUUUCAUUCUUCUGAUCUCCUUGUUUCUUCUUCUUCUUCUUCCAAUUUAUUCGCCAAAUAGAGAUCUUGAAGGAAGGCAAAGCAGUGGUUUUUGUGCCCUUGCGCUCCAUCUUCUUCCUGUUUGAUCUGCUUUAUUUGAGGAUGUUUGAGAUAGGCGCAGGGGAAGGGUGAAAAGAAACUCCUAUCUGGUUGAAUCUGCAUCACAUUUCAUUGUUCUCGGUAUAAAUCGAUGGCGUCGCCUCAGUGAAGUUUCGAGUCUGAUCGAUCAUCUAGAUUCAAGUUGCUGCAGUAAUAAACUGGCAGAAAUGACAGGCUAUAGAUUUUUGUGAUUGAAUUUGCUUUCUCCAUUUAUGAAAUGGGGGCCAUCUGUUUGAAUGGGAAAGAACCAGACCCUGAUAUUGAAGAAUUCGAACAAGAGACCGACAGAGAUGUUGCUUCAUCAGAACUUGAAAUGGAGUUUGAGAAGAUGAGCAAAAUUUCACCUUUAACCUUAGAUGUUAUUUGCGGAAAAAGAACUAGUAGAUGCUGGCUCAAGUCUUGUCCUUGUGGAAAUGAUUCUGAUCCUCCAAAUUUUGCAUGUUUACUUAACUCUAUUGUGAAUCUUCGGCAGCAUUCCACUUAUUUAGAUGAUUAUAAAGGCCCUUUUUCCUUAGAUAUGCUUAAUAAAACAUUAUCUUGGUUUAAUUCCCCCUUGGACCCAAGCUUUCCCGAAUUCAUUUUUGAAGAUUUAAUAUCUCAGAGGAAAACAAGUAAGUUCUUAUCUGAAAAGUCAGUAGUAGAGAGCAUGGGGAAUGUGAUUCCGAGUCACUCUGAAUGGUGGAAACUUGAUGCGUUUGAGGAAAAUUCUAAGGCAAUUUCUCUCCUUAAAAGAUCACUCUUUGCUCACUUAAGUUUUCUAAAUGGUGUAAUAAACCUCCAUAGAUCAAGAUCACCCAGCCCUAUGUGGAGAACAUUGAAAUGGAGCAAAUCACCUUUAUUUGUCAAUAACACUUCGUCGCGAAGUUCCAAAAGUGAGUCGACUCGAGCAGAUGAAGAAGCCUCAGAAGUAAAAUUUCCGAUGAUGAAACUCAUUUCCUCUUCAAGCUCCAAGUCCAUAUUUUCAUGGCAGUCCGCUCUAUCAGCAAACUUGUCUAUCAUGAAAGGACAGCUUCAGUGUUUUCGAAAGGACGGGAUGCCUUAUUUCAUCUUCUUCCUUGAUGAUGCCCCUCAAGUGAUAUACUCGGCCUGUUCUACGAAGAUUGAAUCUUCUGCCGAGAAGGCCUCUGAUACCAUGUAUUUAUUUUACUGUAAAGGUCACAACAAUGGCGACUCGAUCUCCAGGAAGCACAGCAUGAAUUCCGCAAGCUUAGUUGCGAAAAUGAAGGUAUCAAGCUCGAUACUUUUGUCACAAAACAGAACAAAAAUCGUCGAGACUGAGUUCGUUUUGUAUGGAUACCAGGAAGAAAUUUCAAACAAGCUACAGAAAUCAUCUUCUCUGGUUUCUGGGAGUAAGGUUUUUCCUUGGAAAGUUGCUGAAAUAUUUAAACAAUGCAAUAUGGGAAAGAUUCAGCCAAAGCAUAAAAUUAAUGAUGUGGGUGACAUUAAUGAAUCUAAUAUUUCUAAUGAUGCUUCUGAUGUUCUUCUCCCUAAUCUCGAGCUUGCCGCCAUUGUUGUCAAAGAUAGCUUCGAAGACACCACCAAUGGCUUAAUCUCCGGUGGUUGGGGCCUGAAAUUUCUCGAGAAAGUUAGUAAGAAGAAUCCAUUUUUAGAGACUUCUCUUCCUUCAUGUCGCAGUAAGAAAGAUGGAUCUGGGAGGAGCUUGAAUGUUAUAAUUCCUGCUGACCUUCAUGGUGGACCGGUAGCCCCGCACGGCGGUCCGGCGAGUAUUAUUGACCGGUGGAGAUCUGGUGGGCAGUGUGACUGUGGUGGUUGGGACAUUGGAUGUCCUCUAACAGUGCUGAACCAGAGCACCCUUUGUUCAAGUUCUUCUACAAAGGAUGCUGAGAAGAAGACCGUUGAUCUGUAUAUACAGGGCAAAAAGAAGAGUGGGCAGCCCAGUCUGAGUAUGACGAAGAUGACAGAAGGUCUCUAUUCCAUUUGCUUCCAAUCUUCUCUUUCGGCUCUUCAAUCUUUUUCGAUAGCAGUUGCUGGCAUCCACAGAAAUUGCUGAUUUUGCUGCGCAGAAUUAUGAGUUGUGAAGAAGGUUUUAAAGGUUUAUGACAUUUUAGGCCUGGUUUUUUAAUGUAUUUACAGGGGGAGGAGAAAAGGUUGGUUGUGUAACUAAUUUCAUACAUGUAUUUUUUCUUAUUUUUAUACUUUGUAUUUUGUUAUUAGUGAUUUUAAGAAUUAUAUUGCAUGUGGAGUGCAAUUAAAUGUUUGUUGGUGGAAGCAUUUGGAAAAUAAUGAUAUGUUUGUGGAAGAUUUA